AGGUUUUGGCGCUCCUCCACUUCGCCACUUCGCUUCUCGUGGUGCACUGUGCUUCUUGUACAUCUUUGGCACUAGUACGCUUUCUCCCUCGAGCUCCCUACUCCUACGGGUAUGGAUAAGUGGUAAACCUGUUUUUAUAUCAUUGAGUUAUAAUCACAUUCGUUAUAAAUAUACGUUUGGUUACAGGCAAGUAGCGAGUCCUUUUGUUUUCUAUUUUUACUCGUUCCUCAGUACUUGCAGGAUAGGUAGAGUGCUGAUUAAGACCUAGGCAAAAGAAGUUAGUCUUUUGGUAAGUGUGAUAGGCAAACUCACCUGAGGAUAAAGCCAGGCACUUACAUACCCAUCACUCAUUUUGCCUAGUAUUGGUAUCAAUUAGUCCGUUUCAACCUAAACUAAUUUCCAAUAAUUGUUUGCUUUUCUGCAGAUAAUUUGUGGCGAAUUCGUUUCUACGGUCAUUGUCACAAGGAUGGAUGAUAUGUUAGAAGUGAAUAAGAAAUUAUUAAGAAAAGUACGAUUGAAAGGAGAAAUGCGGCCUUAUUAUCAUCAGAAAAUCGCAGACCAAGAAUCUGUCACUGACCAGCUUCGGGAACAAAAGCAACAAACAAUAGAAGAGAAAGUCGUUUCAUUGACUGAGAUGGUUAAUGCUACUGAAAAACGUGUAGCUCAGUUGACGGAACUGUUGGAGGCUUUCGAAGAAGCUGAGGCUCAGAAUUGUGAGGCUUCUGACAACGAUGAUGAGGUGGCCAGUAGUGCACUGUCGGACGAAGUUAAACGGUUGGAAGAUGAAAUAUCCAUAGUGAAAACUACUAUGGAACUGGAGGAGUCAAAGCAUCGUCUACGAAUCCUUGAGGUAGAAGAGGGUCGUGAUAGUUUGCGGAAAGAUAUCACUGAACUGGAACGUCAACUAAAGGAACGUCAAUCAGAACUACGGGAUACUCAAGCUCAGUGUGAAUCCUUGAGAAUGCAACUCAAUUCUACGAGAAAUGAACGCGAGAAUUCUGCACUUUCUCAAAUUGAAGAUCGACGCCGACGUGCUGAAAAACUGAUUGUUCGACAGCGGGAAAUGAUCAGUAAAUUGAAAGAAGAUUUGCAGCGUUCAGAAACAGAAAAUAAGCUUAAAGUCAAUGAAUACAUGGCGGAAAUGAAGAAAAAAUACUUCAAUCAAGAUAGAGUAAAUAAAUUAUUAGUUGAAAGAGAGAGUUUACUCCAGGAGAAUGCAAAACUUACUCAUCAAUUACAAAUUUGUGAAGGAAUUGAGUUGGAUCGGAACUGUGAAAUUGUGAAGGUGGCAAGAGCAUUCAAUCUCGUGGAUGAGAGUUACGAGAAAAUGAUAUCUACUAAAGUAAAUCGCUGUAGAUCUUCAAAACAAGCCCUUAACGAAACCGUAGAAAGCCAAAUGAAAAGUCGUCAACGUUUGGUUGAUAUGGCUCUAGCGAAUCAUGACCUUCGAGGUGAAAUAUGGCACUAUGCAAAUUUGAAUUCAUCUCUGUCUUCAGAAAUUGAAGGACUUCAGAGUGAACUUGCGAGUUUACACAAUGAAGAACACUGUAGUAAUGAAAACGCCAAUGCUGUGAAUUCGAAGCCGAAGAAAUUUCAUGCAUUGGAUUCAGAUGAAAUUGAUAAACUUUAUUUAAGAAAUCAAGAUCUUAAUAAAGUGGAGACGAAUAAAAUUGAAUCACAAGAAAAAGGAAAAGAAGAAGAAAAUACUUCAGCCAAAUUAUCCCUGGGAAAUGGUGGAGACUCUACAACAACCACUACUACUGGUGUUAGUACAAGUGACAGAAUGGUGGAACCUUCAAAAAUUGUUUCAUUCAAUGAAGUACCGCAGCAAUGUAAACCUUCGUGAUAAAUAAAAUUUUCUUCCAUCACCAUCAUAGAUUACGUGGCAAUGUUGGUGUUUUUUUUAAAAUAAUAGAUUGAUCGCCAGAAAUGCCUUUCUUUCCUUAGAAACUACUAUUGUUAUUAUUAUUAUUACUUGGUGAGUAGAAACCUUAUUUUGUUAUAAAUCACUCCAACAUACUCUCGACUAUUCUCUGUGCUAUUUCUUUUAUCUGUUCGUUGUUUUUGCAUAUUUUGUGGUAAAAAAAAGAUACAUAGAAAUUAUAAAUAUCCCUUCUUGUUGUAUCUGAUUUGUGUACAUUGAUAUUUUUUAUGUGUUAUGAUGUGCUUGCCAAUUUGACAGUUAGUAUAUAGUCUCAUGGUGUGUAGUUGACAUUCGAAGGUGAUGAAUACUGCUACAGAUAUGCAGCGCUUAUACAUGUGUGUGUUGUUCAACACUUUUAGGUGAACGGCAACACAUAUGUGGUAAGGUGAUUUAAAACAAUAAUUGACUGUUAUUCUCUUUUCUCUAAGUUGCAUGGCAAUGUGUAUAGAAGUCGACAUAACCUAUGACACAUAUGUAAAAAAUUAUAUAUUUGUAAAAUCUCAGCGAAAUUGAAACAUAAGUAAUUUCAACGUUUCCUGCGUUUGGCAACUGGUCUGAACAUCUCCAGGGAAGUUAAUCAAAAUUAA